AUGAUUGUUGGUGGUGAAGCUGCUGUUGCCGGAGACUUUCCCUUCAUUGUCUCCCUCCAGCAAUCCGGCUCGCACUUCUGCGGUGGUUCGCUCCUGAACGCAAACACCGUCUUGACCGCUGCUCACUGCUCUCAAAUCAGUGCCUCCAGCGUUACCGUCCGCGCUGGUUCCCUGAGCCGCACCUCUGGUGGUACCCUCGUCAAGGUCUCCAGCAUCAAGGUUCACCCGUCCUACAACGCCGACACCACCGACUACGAUGUCGCCAUCUGGAAACUCGCAACUUCCAUUCCAGAGUCCAGCACUGUUGGCUACGCUACCCUGCCCGCCUCAGGCCAGGACCCUGCCGCAGGCGUCGUCCACACGACCGCCGGCUGGGGCACCACCACCGAAGGUGGCUCCACGCUCCCGACCGCCCUCCGCAAGGUCGACGUUCCUAUCAUCUCGCGCGCCAACUGCAACACCGACUACGGUAGCGGCUCCAUCACCUCGCAGAUGUUCUGUGCCGGUCUCGAUGCCGGUGGCAAGGACUCCUGCCAGGGAGACUCUGGCGGUCCCAUUGUCGAGAAGAGCACCAAGCUCCUUGUCGGCACCGUUUCCUGGGGCCAGGGCUGCGCUCGUGCUGCGUACCCCGGUGUGUAUGCGCGCACUGGUGCCGCCAGCCUCGCGUCUUUCAUUGCCGCCAACAAAUAA